UAAGUUUGUUCAAAUCAUAUCGACCAUCAGUUGAUAUCCCCAGCUACUACAAUGGCUUCUAAGAAUUUAAUCUAUUGUGUUGUGUUGAUUGGAUUUGGAAUUGUGAAGGCUGAAGAUACUCUGAAGAGUUCAACAGUGGAAACUGGAAUUUUGAAGGGCAACUGUUCUUGCGGUGGUUUUCCUACAUCAACACCCGAUGCAGGGAGCCAACCGCUCCUCUCUCAGUCUCCAGGACUCGUAGUGAACUGCGAUGACGAAGGAAGCACCACAUGUAAAAACUUGUGUCUCGCCCUCGCAACGGCAACCAAAGCUAAGGGCCCUGAGAUAUUAUGCAAUCGCCUAAAUAAUGCUGAAGAACUGAAGUUGUCGGCAUUUUAUAAAACAUGCGAAAAGCCUUGGACGUAUGCUGAUAUGACGGCAGAUGAAGCUCUUUGUUGUCAAGACUCAAAAGUGAAAGUCUGUGCUUCAGCUGAACAUGGAACAACAGCCAGCGGUGUUAAAGAAGAAUAGAACCCAUGUGUAGGAUAAAAAAAUAUUAUACAUACAAUACAACAUACCCAAUUUACAAUAAAAAUCGUUAAAAAUGUAAAAAGUUCACCUAUUUUUAAGUUUUACCGCAACAUAUGAAACACGUCAUGUUUCCGAUAUAUAUUUUGAUUAGAUUAUAAUAUCCCUUGUAACUUGUGUAUUAAAAUAAAAUUAAUAUGCUAAA